GAGGGGGGAAAUUCCAAAUGAAGGUUUAAAUUGAGUGUUCAUCACUGAAGUUCAUCAAAGCUCUUCAGAACUUUUUCCUGUGUGGAUUACCACUCUCUUGACAACGCUUUAUGAGAUACUGGAGCACUUCCCAAGAUCCAAAGAUGGCUUGCCUUAAAAUCUACACUUUGAGUUUCCUCAUACUCUUAUAUUUUGCUUUGGAGACAGAUGCAGUGAGUUGCUGUCUUAGUUAUACGAGACACCCUAGACGCUGUGGAAUUCUGAAAGGCUACAUUAUCCAAUCCAUGACUGGCGGCUGUGAUCUUGCAGCAAUAAUCUUCCAAACUGAGACAGGAAAAUCAAUCUGCGCAGACCCAGCGAAGGAUUGGACCCAGAAGAGAGUUGCGUGCCUGAAGAUGAAGGCAGCAAGAGUGAAGAAUGGCGGUUUUUAAUGUUUUAAGAACAGCA